AUGAACAAUACCAAUGGCACUCCCCCAGCUACCACUGCGUCAUUGCGGACAUCGUGCGACAGAUGUCGCGCACAGAAGCUGCGAUGCGUCCCCUCCUCCAAAACGGACCCGUUCGCAUCCUGUCAACGCUGCCUGAGGGCUAAAGGGCCCAAAUCGUGUGUCUUCAGUCGACGGCUACGAACCGGACGACAGACGAAGACGACCGGAGAGUCGGAUCACCGACAGGUUGUGCCACGCAGGGAAAGGCUUGCGUCGACAGCAUCUCUACCGGGCAUGAGCGCAUUCGCACUAUCGAGUCUAACGUCCCCAAAGGAGCCAACAUUCGUUGAAUCUCAUCAGCCGAUGAUUGCGUCGCCCAGAGAGCUGAAGCCUGAUGGGCGCGAUACAGACAUGUCCAUCAACUGCGUGUCAGUCGCAUUCAUGGAAAGCCCAUGGGAUCAUGACAUCGCGUUGGACCCAGCGCUACAGCACCAGAUAGAUACAUUUCCCAUCAUUGACCCCUCCAUCAGCCCCGCGGACGAGCCCUACGUCCGCUCGCCAGGAGAGAACAUGGACUCGCACAUAAAGACAAGCUUUCACCCGGACUUUGCCACCUUCCUAGACAUCCAGAACAUCCUCACCUCCCCGCCGUAUACCGCAAGCCCUAAUAUUGGGCCAGACAUAGACAUGGACGCAGAGCUCUUGGCAGAGGAGAAACCCAGUCCACUAGUCAAUCUCUCUGCCCUCCUCGCGAAGAUGUCGCACUACGAGACGCAACUUGCAAGGCUGUACGACAGCAAGCUAGACAGUUACCCGAUCGGCGAUGCCCUGUUCCUCUCGCAGCACUUCUAUGCCAUUCUCGCCGACUCCGGCCAACUUGACGCAUCCUCGGACCUCGACAUGCCAACCAGACUGCUUACCCUCUCCUGCUACAUCAUGCUGACGCGCAUUUACUUUGCCAUCUUUACCUACCUGCACGAGCACCUCUCGCGGCUCCCGGACGCUCGCUGCUCCACCCACAGACUCGCCCGAUCUUCCGACCCGUCUGUGGCCGACAUGCAUGCCUACCGGGGUUUGCGCCUGGGUCAGUUGCAGCCAAUGUGUGUGUGCACGGGGUGGGAACCCGCAAUGCGCAUCAAGAAAGCUGUCUCCAUGUUACUUGACUCGCUGGGGAAUGCUGAGAGGGCAUUGGUUCUACCGCCUACUGUCGGGGUGCUGCACACUCCAGGUGCCCAGGGGAUAACGGGGGACAAGAUGCCGCUCUUCGAGGAGGGGGUCAUGGCGGGAUUGACGAAUGGGCGGUUGCAGAAGAAGCUCAGAGAGCAGGAGCGGGAGCUACGGGGGAAGGUGGAAGAGGUGGAUGAUUUGUUGGAUGGGCUGCUGGUGCCGAGCACGUAG